AUGGUCGCCGCAGCCAAUGGCACAGUCGCGCCCGAUGGCGGCGCCGCGCCCCAGCCCACAGCUUUGAGCACGCUCCCUGGGCCGAACCACGACUGGAGUGUGUCUCUCAAAAACAAAGUUAUUGCCAUCACAGGCGCUAAUCAGGGCAUUGGCCUGGCCCUUGCCGAGGUGUGUAUGGCCAACGACGCCGCCUGCGUUUUUAGCCUCGACAUUUCCGAGCCGGCCGAGGAUUUCGCGGCGUUGUCGAAGCGCUUCCCUGGCCGUCUCGAGUUUCAGCACUGUGACGUGACAAAGGAGGAGAGCGUGCAGGCCGCGCUCGAUACCAUUGUCGCCAAGAAGCACCGCUUCGACGGCAUGGUGGCCAAUGCCGGCGCCACGAAGCACCAGCCCGCACUAGACUUUACGAUGGACCAGGUCAAGAGGCUGUUUGAGUUGAAUGUGUAUGGCUCGUGGAACUGUGCCACGGCCGCGGCGAGGACUUUUAUCAAGCUCGGAUGCAAGGGCAGCAUUGUCUUUACGGCGAGUAUGACUUCAUACCGACCGAAUCGUGCGGCUCCAUCGGCGCCGUACGGCGCGACAAAGGGAGCGGUGCGGAACAUGACGCACACUCUGGCCAUGGAGUGGGCAAAAUAUGGAAUUCGCGUCAACAGCAUCUCGCCGGGAUUUGUCAAGACGGCAUUGACAUAUUAUGUUGAAGAGGACCCGGAAUGGGGCACCAAGAUGAAGAAUUAUGGUGGAAUGCCGCGGUUGGCUUUGCCGCAGGAGCUUGGCGGGGCGUACGUGUAUUUGCUGAGCGAGACGUCGACGUAUACCACGGGCAUCGAUAUUCCGAUAGCUGGCAUUGUCGGAGCGUGGUAA